AUGGAAAGCAGAACUAAUGCUGACUCUUUCUGGACCUGGAAUGCCAACAACGACAACAACCAAAAACAAUUCUCAGUUACCAAGUUCCUGGGAAACAACAAACCCCCCAAACCUCAAACAUCAGUGUUGGGUCCUGGCUUCGGAGCUGGCAUCGGAUGCGGCGCCGGAAUAGGUUUGGGUUUGGUUGGUGGCUUCGGCUACGGAGGCUGGCCCUUCAACCAUAUGCACCUCGUUUUUGGUCUCGGAAUGGGUUGUGGAGUUGGUGUCGGCUUCGGCUUCGGCCAAGGCAUUGGAUACGAUUUUAAUUUCCGGACCCGUAAGUCUAGAAAAUCCAAGAAAAAUUUCUCAGAUCCCCAAAACACAAUUGUUAUUCAGAUAUGA